UGGGAAAUAGCACCUCUCGGAGCAGGAUAUACCAUCCGAAGUAUGAAAACAGGUGCCUAUCUCUCUGUGAAAGGACUCCAUCGCAGUGCUGCCAUCUUUGCGGGAAAUUUCCCUGUAGCAUGGCAAUUUAAAACCGUGAAAGUGGACCACGAGAACGCUGAAAUGAUCGAAAUACGCUGGCCGCAUACACAACACACGUUUGAUCUGGCCGGCUAUGGAUCCUCAGCUCCUGGAACAAAGGUGCAGCUCAUGGACACUCAAAUAAGUCCCGUAGAGUACCGUUGUAGAUUGUGGAAGCCCAUUUUCAUUCAAAACAUCCCUCUAGUGAAGUAGGGGUUCUAGGGCUU